CUAAGAUGAACAGUUGUUUACGUAUUUUUCGAUAUCAUUUUCAGGGUAUGGUCCGCCUCACGGAUAGCACCCUUCUGGGAUUUUACAAGCGAGACAUUUUAGUGUAAUACUGCGGCCUUGGUGCCUCGGUGUACGGCCGAAGAAAUGAUCCUGGCAACCAAAACACCGAAUGGCGGCAAAAGCAACAAGUUAUGGCUUCAGGCUUUGUUUGCUUUGAGUCUGUUAACUUUACAACCAGGAGCUAGUGAAAUUAAGUUGGGAUUUCUACUACCGUACAACGUAUCAGCGAAUAUGUCCGGUGGCUCUUCCGUAACGGGGAACGAUUACGAGUCGGCGAUGCUUUUGGCCGUUGAAGCGAUAAACAGUAGUUCUUCGCUAUUUCCUGGGGAACAUGUAACAUUUAUUCGUAGUGAUACUCAGUGUAACGAGAAGGUUUCAGUGAAUGCGAUGCUGAGCCAGCUGGGCAAAGGAGUACAGGCUUUUAUUGGUCCAGCGUGUACUUGUGAGACGCAAGCAAAGCUGGCGGCGGCUAUCAAUAUCCCAAUGAUUUCCUAUGUAAGUACAACAUGAAAACAAAAUGAAUUAAUGGCUAAGAGUUAAUAGUUUAUUGCAGUUCGGCAUGUCGCGACCGCCAUUGUCAAAAAUGUUACAGUAGUUUUAUUUUGAAGAAAUCUUUACUUCCCCACCCCUGAUUUAAGCUCCAUUCUAAGCUUUAUCACAGUAGAUUUAAUUGUGCUUCUUUAUUCUCAGUGUUAAAAGUGACUUGGUUCGAACGAUUUCAUUUUAGGACCUAAAUUUAUAGCUAAAAUUUCAGAUACUGCGUUUCAUUCACUCACUUCUAAAUUCAAGUAGCGAGUAGAUUUCAAUGUCAUCAGCUUAUCGUCGACCGACGAUUUUCGCUUGGUUGACCAUGCAGUUUACAAACCAAAGUUUAUCGCACAAAUGCUAGUCCUUUGGGAAAGUACAGACAAAAACACUUCAUCAGUUGUGUGCUCUCUUCACGGCGACAUUGUCAAGGCUGCAAAUUUCAAUUUAGAACUAGUGCCUAUUUAACUAAGGGUUGCGCCCACUUUCAUCUAUAGAACUUUAAUGUUCCCCUUUUGUCGGCAAAACAGUCAAUUAUUUCCUAUUAGAGUUCACAUAAAAAUCGUAUAUUAUUGUGAAGCCGUCGCUGGCCCCUGAAUUGACAAGAGCUCUGAAGGACGAAAACCCGAUUUCAAGUGAAAGCAAACUUUGAUUUUCAGGGUGAACUCUUUAAACAAAGAAAGGUUUGUUACGAAAAAACCGCAAAUUAAUUUACACGGGGUAAUGAGUGAGAACAGUUAAUAUAAAAGUGGACGCGUAUUCGAACCUCACCUGUGAGCCCUGGCGGUUGAGAAAGUGCCUUUUUCACUGUAACUAUUUAUAAAUGUAUUCGAAAAUUAUAGUAAUAAUUCUCCCGUAGCAUAAAAAGGGAAAUGAUUCAGAAGUAAUUUUCCUUUUGGUGUUUCGUAUUAUGUUUUGUAUUGAUGGCUUUCGGUUUUUGCUCACCAAGGUUGAAAAUGGUUACCAUAUGAACUUUUUAUUUUAAGUGGUGCCAAAGCUGAAAACAGCGACUUUGCAAGCACAAAUUAAACGUUUGCAUGCCGUCUCCAUGGAGUUUGUACUUAAGAUUUAAAAUGUGACAAACUGAUGUGAGAAAUCGAUCACUUUCACCGCGACAGAUUGAUAUACUAUCUCUGGUUAUGAGCAUAUCACUGAUCCUUAAUGCUGGUAUUAAACUGGCGUUACUCUGAUAAUGCUAUUGUUUGUGGCAUUAGUAUACCCCUACUUUAUUCCACGAAAAUGAGAAACUGUGAAUAAUUUUGGAAGCAACACGACGGUAUUUUAUACUUGCAAAAUAUUUACGUUUGCGUUUGAUCCUUUAGUUACCAAUUUUAAGGUGAUACUUUUAAAGAGUUAGGCAAAAAUAAAGCCUUUAUUGGGGAAUAUUAAAAAUACUAUAAUAUUUGAUGAAGUAUGUAAAUGUCAUGCCAUUAGCAAGAAAAACAAUAACACAGGCGAAAUCAAUCACUGAUAGAAAAAAAAUUAAAUGUUGAAAUAAGUUUACUUGCGCAUUUUAAGGAUGUUAGGUAAAAUCCUGCUUCAUAAAUUGAAAUAAAUUCCUAUUGGAAACUCUUAUGCACUUAGUGCUGUCACCUAGAAAUUAAUAUCAGGCUCUUCAGAAGCAAACAAACAAACAAGCAAGACAGCAAAAACCAACUAAAGAUCGAACUCAAACGAAAACUAAUAACACCAUUACGCUUUACCACAACGAAGAGAAAGUUAAGUUUGUCAUUGAAGACAUCAAAAAUCUUGCAACUGAAAUUUAGGCUUGAACCUUUCUUUUAUUAAAAUUCCUAGACCAAGAUGAGAGGGGUUUUGAUUCAAAAUCCGUAAUACUCUUCAAACGAUACCUCUUUGUUAGCCGUAGGCCUUUUUUUAGCCUGAGGACGCCCCCCUCCCCUCAGAAAAAAUCGGGGACGGUGAUGGGAGGGGAGCGACUGUAGUGAUGGUGUUGUUUAUUUCUUAGGAUUUUAUAGAAAUAUCAUAUUAGAAUUUUUUGGUGAAUAAUUUUCACAAUUUGCAUUGGGCAUUUUCCAAUUUUCACUCUAGGAUUAAUCCCUCGGAACCACAGAAGUUCGCUUCAAUUUAGGGCUUGGAGGCAUUGAUUAUACCUUUCAAGUUCGUUUUUUGUUAUUUAACGUAUAUUGAAAUGAUUAAGGUAAAAACUGACAACCUGAAUAACACUUUCACAUGUGGCGGCACACGUUUAGACUUUGACUCAUAAUCAGAUACCUUUUAAAUUAUCCAGGGAGAGAUAACAUGUCACAAUUCAACUGAUUUUGUAUUAAAUGACAAAUUCGUAUGAAAUGUGUAUUGAAAGGUUUACCCACGAAUUAGGGAUAAUUUUGAGCUUUUUCGUUUUAAGCGUCGGCUUUAUUUGAAGGAUUUAUUUUAACCCGGCCAUUACUGUGUGUCAGAUGGGACCGUAAAGAGGUAAUUAAUUAUUUUAAUAAAAUGCUUUUUAACACCAUGGGAUAUUGGCGGGAUAUUAUACUAAACUUUGAGAUGCCGAAUUGUAAAUUAAACAAAAAUUAAUUCAUUCGAACGAUAUUCGUUUCCACUUUUUAUUCGAGGAAUCAUUUUGCGAACUGUCACGUCGUUCGAUAUCAAAACCUUUCUUAUUAAUAUUUCGAACAGACACCUUUCACGUCAACCAUAGUAAAAACGUCUUAAUGACUUGAUUCCAAGGCAAGAUAAGAAAUCACUUUUUUAAUUACUGAAAGAAAGUUUUGUCGCGAAAAGAUAUAUAAAGCAUUUAAAACGCCAAGUUUAGUUAUUCUGACAAAUCGGUUGUCAUGCUCUCGGGAAAAAAAUAAAUCAUAUUAAUAAAAUAAACACGUAAACAUGAAACAAAGAACGAAAAAGGGGAAAGAAAGGAACGAAAACAUCGGAACAUGUUUAAAACAAUUGUCGCCGUAGGUCUUGUAGCUUCAGGUAUGCGCCAUUACCAGCCGCUGUUGAGGGAAUGAGCCGUUAACUUUAGGGAACUUCCAACUAAUUGGAAAAUUCGGUCUUCGUUAGUGAAUUUAUAUCGAAAGAUGUUUUGCUGCACAGAUAGUCCUGCGAUUUGGAUUUCAAUUAACAGACCCAGACAGUUAAUCCGUUUUUUAAGCCUUCAGCUAUAGCUUGAUGGAAAGCGCCCUUUCUAGUCAGAAAUCUCUUAAUAUUGUUAUACAAAAAUCUUUGGACAUGAUCUUAGAGAUGGCUGCAACAAGAUAACAAUUGCAACGUUGUCAUAAGUCAAAUAGUUACGGUAUAGUAAUAUAUUACACUAUUCUUUUAGAAGGAUAAUCAGUAAAGGUAUGAUUUAUAGACGAAUCGAAACAACCAUGCAGUCUCCACAGUCCAUGAAUAAUACUUCACUACAUGUAUUUUUCAUUGCCCACCUGUUUUGUAAUAAUUAUAAACUGAAUUUAUUUUCCGAUAUUUCUGUAAUUGUAAACUUUAUCAGAAGCUUGAAAGCAUGGAUUUAAAUGAUAAAGGACCAAAAAAAUUAUUACAUCCGCGUGUUAAUGACUAGGCUUAUUUCGAUAAGAACUCUUCAAAAAAAAUGACGGUGGUUCUUAAUUUUAAAAAGAAACUGCAGCCUAAGACAUGGAGGCAAAUUGAACUGCAAAUUUUAAUUACGCCCGAUAAAUCUUUUAAUCAUGAACAGUGACGUAUACAUUUGCUUUUAGCUGGCCAUAAAUUAAAAUGCAAUUCAUAAAAAAAUUAUAUCAUUGAUUUUACCGGUGCCAAUAAUACAAAAAUUCUUAUUUGAAAAAAAAAUUAUCAGGAUAUAUCCGCCUGUGAUUGACAAAAUUUGACAGUUACCUUGUUUCCUGACGUGUUUUUAGACAAAAAAAAAACAAACAAAAAAAGCAAGCCCUUUUUCAUUUUUACAAAGCAGCUUGAGCAAAAAGUUAUAUAGCAGAAAAACUUUCUAUUGGGAAGUUUUCAUUUUUGUUGCGGACAAUCAGAGUCCCCUAAAUAUUGUUUCCCCUCAAAUACACUCUUUUACUGUUCCACAAUGUCAGGUGUUUCGUUUACCGUCCUCUGGGAGUGACGUUAGAAAACGAACAAAAAAAACAAGGUUGUUGAGGGCUUUAACGUUGCUAUGCUUUAACGCGCGUUGUGCUUGUUGCGGUUUAAUUUUAUAUGUGUAGUAAUGGGUUUCAAGAAAAGAGGAAUAACAUAUGAAUCAGGGAUAAAACUGAAAGACAUCAUGUAUAUGCUGUGGUUAAUUUUUUAUCUCAGGUAAUUUUUAUUUUUCCUUUUGUUUUAACUUCAUUAGCAUACAUUAACAUACCCAAAAACAAAAGAAAAACAAAAAUUACCUGAGAUAAAAAAUUAACUACAACAUACACAUUAGGGCCAUUUAUACGAGGAAAAAUAAGACGCGUCUUAAAUAAGACGCGAACUUUCCGUAUAAACGGCACAUUUCGUCUAAAAUAAGACGCGGCUUAGCUAAGACGCGUCUUAUUAGAUAAGACAUGCUCGUAUAAAUGGUACAGUUCGCGUCUUUUUUAAGACGCGUCUUAUGUAAGACGCGUCUUAUUUUUCCUCUUAUAAAUGGCCCUAUUGUUCAUGUGCAUGCACAAUCUAAUCGUUUAAAGGUUUUGAGUGUUUUUCCGGUAGUAAGAGGUCUUUUACGAAGAGAAGUCCGGUCUGUAAAUAAUUUAGGACUAGGUUACCCACAAUUAGCAGCUAUUCUAGGUGGGCAACAAUACAAGAAUUGUCUCCUACAAGUAACUGCUAAGUUCAAGGUUCAAAAGUCGGGAAAAAGAGAAAGUAAAUAAAGAGAAAGCAAAAACAAAAUAAAAUAAAUAAAUAAAUAAAUAAAAGGUAGCAGAAUAAUAGUGGUAAACAUCAAAACUGUAACAAGUACGAUCAUACUAAAUUUAACCAUGGAUAUAAGGAAGAGAACACUUUAACUGAAUAAGGAGUUGAGGUAGAAACUGGUAAUGGGGCUCAUAUUAACAAACUCCUCCUCACUCUCCAAAACCUUGACGAGUAACUUGUAAUUUAUGCUUGAAAGGGUCUUUUCGCUGUUCACUUAACGUAAUAGUUUAUUUAUAUUUUGGAUUAUUUGUUUGCAAUUAUGUGAGUAGGAACUCUGCCAACAGUGUCUUUCUACCCCUUGCUCAAUUUUGGCAUGCUCGAGAAAGACUGACGUGUAUAAAUCGAUUGAGAUCUUUGUUGAGCAUGCGCUGCAUGUUGUUAGGAUACAGUUUCGAACCCAGGUCUAAUAGAUGUGCGGUUGGUACAGCGGGCUCGAUUAGUUACGACCAUUAGUUCAUCAAUAAUAGAGCCGAUGCUAGGGUCGUGUGUGGACUGCAAGAGUAACUCAAUGUGUCUGGCUCUCUACUAGAAACGAAACAUUAACGUACAUUUUGUUAAAUUAAUUCUUUUAAACAGAUGUGCACAGAUGAAAGGCUAUCGGACAAGAAACUUUUUCCUACAUUUGUACGGACGAUACCACCCAUCAGCAGACUUGCUUCACCGGUGCGUGCUCUGAUGAAACAUUUCAAUUGGACUCGUGUUGGAAUAUUUAGUCAAAAUACCCAUCCAUGGUCUCAAUCGUAUGUUUUAGUUAACAAUUUAAGAGGAGAGAAUCUGGUAGUAAGCACUGUUCAGACGAUGGUGUUUGGUGUUCAUUAUGAUGAGUCUGGCUUGACUCUCAGCUUUGAAAAACUGCUUCAGACUGCAGCGAAAGAAUCUCGAGGUGAGCUUAGUUGUGGAAGUAUUUUGUUAAUAUUAACCCUUUAAGUCCCAAUAGUGACCAACAUCAAUUUUCUCCCAAUGAUAUCCAAUGAUAUCCAUGGGAAUUAAUAAAAUGAUCACCUACGAGAAAAUGCUUUGAUUUUUUGUCAAAUUCUCUCAACUCAUUCUUUAAGGAUAUAUAUAGAGACCAGUAUCGAGAAUUUGUAUGUGGAUAUUGGGGCUUAAAGGGUUAAAGGCGAGGUUGACUCUACUUAGUGAUACAAUGUCCUGGUUUCGGUCACAUGAUUGAAUGAACGAUUCGUGCUAUGUGUGACGGGAUUAAAAGUCUUUCAGAAACUGUAUACACUGUCAUUACUGGUUGUUGCAGUAAUAGUAGCUAGCAUCGAAGUGCUAACUUACGUAUACCUUCCUUUACUGGAAACCAGGAGCUCAUUACCCAGAACUCACGACCCACACCAGGCCACAAUAGAGAGCUACUGCAUUUGGAUCGGUAGCGUUGAGUUAGGUGAACUAAGAUUUAAAUUUCUUGAGCAUGCAAUAACGUUUUCAAAUUUUAAGGUGCUUGAUAGCCUGGAUAGCAAGCGUUUCCAAUCGAAAUAUUGCACGAAAGUUGAACCUUUGCCUUUGUAUCAGUAUGUUUAAUUCAUUUUCACAGGACCUUAACUGAAGGACAUUCCUCAUAGUAUUUACUAAAUAAAUGCUGUUUAGAAGCUUUUCAUCAUCAUCAUCAUUAUCAUCAUCAUGAUCGUAUUCGUCACUUCAUCAUCAUCAGCAGAUCAUCAUCAAAUACCAUUUUCAUUCUUCAAAAUAAAACGUUCUUGGUACAAUCUUGAAUAAUUCGUUGAAAUUUCUUUUACAGUUGUCAUUCUUGCCAUGAAUUACGCCUUAGCAUGUCAGGCCGUCAACUACGCAGGGAAACUGGGUUUGAAUCAGGGGUUCGCGUUCAUCAUGUUUGAUCUAGAUUUGGACCUCACGGGGAACACGAAGAAAAAUCUUUCUGCAACAUGGAGUAAAGACUGGGACGAGAGAGCCUUUCAAUCAACUCUGCUUCUUUCAGUCAAUAACAAUGUAAGCAAAGAAUACUUGACCUUUGUGGAAGAUGUGAAAAGAAACAGGACCGGUUCUUUGAGUCAAGCACACGCGGUAGGUACAAAAAUGACUCAUUUUUCUUUUUUAUGUUUUCCCCUCAAAUUUCUCAGUCUGAAUAUCAUGCCAGUCUCUUGCUUCACGAUCCUGUUUUUCUUCCUUUAGGUAUUCCCUUACACUUCUAAGGACGUUUUAAAUAUUGUUGUUUAUUUCUUAGUUAACAUUAUCAUCGCCUUUAUAAGUGUCGAGAAAAUGGAAUACAUAUGUUAAGUAUUCAAGCAAAUCGGAAUUAUAAUUAUUAUCGUCUGAGAUGUAUAACAAGCUAGUUAUAAACUCUUAAUUAGAGACUCAGCUUUGCCUGUGAAAAUCAGACCGUCAAUCCAACCUCACUACAGGCGCAGGUGUCACGAGAACGAGCUAAAUGGGUCAGGAUUGGGGCUCAAGUCGAGCCUGCCUCCGGUGCUGUAUAGCGAUAAUUUAAGCUAGGUGUGGUUUCGGAGCUGCUACUAUCCCAAUACUAUAGUUUUUUGGGCAAGUGUUGUCCAUUACUACAAUUUCCCGGCCAUUAAGGAGAACAGAGCAAGCAUCUCCGCCAUAUAACUAUGGACGGGUUAGCCCUUACCUUCAUCAUUUAUUUAAGAGCCCUUGCUUACCUCUACUAUAUUUGGUUAGGGUUGAAAGGCUUUGCUUCCUCCAUAUGUUGCCACAGAGUCCUUUCCCCUGCUUCAUAGGCUUCUUAUAGCAAGGGUAAAAAGAUAGUAACAAGGCCACAUGUGGCUUGAGUCCCUGCUUCCGCCAUGCCAUGGCCAAGGGUGAGAGACCUCACCUUCGCUAAGCCAAGGAAAAGAAAGGCCUUGUCACAGCUGUAGGUGGCCAGGGUUACCUUGCGUCAGCCAACUGUUAGCAGGGUAGUGUGGGAGACAAUGGCACAAGUAGUAGUCAUAAUAACUUCACCGUCAGCUUGAUCCUCUGCUGGUAUUAACAUAUCGUUUCUUGCUUUCAGUCUUCUAUUUAUGCGGCGUAUUUGUUUGACGCGGUAUUUCAGUACGCCAUGGCUUUAAACAAAACGGGAAGGCCAGUUAAUUCUGAUGGCAGGGAAAUCGUUCAGUAUCUGAUGGGAAGACAAUUUCGUAGUAAGUUGUCAUUGUAAAAAAUUUUGUCAGUGUUUCGUGUGGAAUACCUCACUUUGAGCAAUUGAAUCGCUUACAUAUUUUGUUACGUUUCUGUAUGCCAGGUAUUCUAGGUUACGAUCGGUUCAUCAACUCAGAUGGCAAUGCAGAAUUCAAUUUGAUUCUGAUGGACUAUCGUGCAAACAAUGACGGUAAGAUUCACACCAAAAAUAAGAGAAGCGGGCAAAUAGAAGUGAAUGUGGGACGAGUAGACACCAUGUGUGCAAAGUCAUCUGUCUGAGGCCACUUGGUAACCCACGACCUUAAGAUGGCUCACAACGGUUACUGGAAUUAUUAUGACUUUCACAAAUUAGAUCAAUACUAGAAAACUGUUUCAUUUUACCGCAAAAUAAUGGUAUCAAACACAUGCCCAAUUAUUAUUGAGUUAUCGAUGGACAGUUUUUGAAACUAUAAUUAUUAUAGCAGCGUUUCACUAAUGUUUUGGUCUGCUACGUAUUCAGCUUCUGUGGUAAAUACAAAAACAGUUAUUCACCUCAGUGUUGGUGAGCUGAGUUAAUAAAUCGACCACAAUUUUUCAUGGUUUACACUGUUAUAGACCAUAGAAAUGACGUCAUAAAAUGUUCAAAACUCAAGUGGAACCACAAAGUUUUGAACAUUUUAUGGCGUCAUUUCUAUGGUCUAUAAGAGUGCAUGUCAUGGAAAAUUAUGGUCCAUUUGUUUUUUACAAUAACAUUUAUUUUUUUACGAAAAACCAAAAACAAAAACAACCAGCACUUUGUGACAUGUUAAGUCAUUUCUUUGGUCUAUACUCUCAUAGACCAUAGCUCUCGACCAAUCAGCGUGCGAGGAUUCCCUCAGCUAUUGUAAAAAAGUGGAUAUUUUCCUCCACUUUGAUGAUUUAUUAAAAAAAAGUACGCGCGAAUGAAUGAACGAUUAAGAAAUGCGGGCGGGGUGACACUGCUACUCUAGGGGGGUAUGCCUUCUUUUAUUACCAAAAUUUUGCUUAACAAAUUAUGAUUUAUGAAAAUUGAAAUAACUCUUGACUUGUAGGGUAAGGAUGAGGAGGAAGUCAGAGUUACUCUAAGCCAACAGGCCACUUCCGAGUUCCAAAAACCCUAAUGUUCCAAAGAAGGCCAAGUGCAGAACCUUUCUUGUGAAAAUGAGGUUUGUUUGCAUGAGAAUGAAAAAUCAUUUCCAUACUAAAGGUUGAGCACUUAACCUCGUUUUGAUACAGAGGUCCGGGGGAACUCGGAAAUGGCUUACUAGUUCCCCCGUCCUUUCGUGUGUCAAAUAGGACUUUGCUUUGUGCCACUCUGCCUUGAGUAUCUAGGCUGUUAAAGAUAAUAAACUUGGUCCAUCUAUCUCAAUUUCUGUUUCAAGGAAUAUUCCAGGAAGUUGGAGAGUUUAUCAUAGACAGUUUAGGGAAACAGAAGCUUGUUUUGAGCAAUAAAUUGAUCAUUUGGCCCGAUAAUUCAACGGCACCGUCGUCGGAACUACGGAAAUGCAGAUCUUGCAAAGACCGCUGCUAUAACGGUAAGAAAUUUUCUCAACAACUGAACCAAUCAGACUUUUGAACGGUCUAUAGCAUAAUAUCAUGGGAUAUUAUACAAAUCAAGUCGUAUUUUGUCGAGACAGUGGGGGGGUCGAAAUACAAGAGAUGAUUUGAAAUAUUCCGUGAUACAACAUGACUAAACCGUACGAUAAGAAGUUUGUUAUUCAACUUUGAUAGGGCGAACAGAAUUUAAGGUGGCUCUUCCUUGUUUUUUUUUGGUGGGCACAACUUACAUCUUUGAACCUCGUCUUAUUAUAAACAGCUUGGUCUUUAUUGUAAACCCAUUCAGUAUAACACAUGGAUUAAACAAAGACUUAUCUUAAUAAUAUGUUAUUAUUUUCCCCCAUGGGAAUGGAUAUCACGUGAUAGUGACCUCACAACUGUUUUAGCUCUAGAUGGUAUUUCUGAAUCAGCCCUUAUCCGCCUUUUCUUUGGAAAUGCUGUUCGUUACGUACACGUAUUUCGGGUGCUUGCCGUUUGCUGUAGAAACUUUCACAAAAAGAGGAAUUUCGAGGUAUCUUAGAAUUUCGACAAAAAGAGAGCAUUAAAAUUAUUCGUGAAGUAAAGACUGGACUUAAUGUGGACAAAUUUGCUAAUUCUGGGAUGUUUCCAAAAUCAAGUCGAGUCAACUUUUAUUUAACUCAUACAGAAUAUUGGUAGUAUUUACAAUUCAAUGCUUUCAUAACAAAAAUAAAAGAUGUGAAAAAGGAAAAAAAAGUUAUUGAAAGUAUUUGUUGCCCUUUUUACCGAAGCUUUAGGUAAACUUAUGUCGGUUGCUGUUAAUCAAAUGUCCAGAAACGAUCAAAUUUAAGGGAUUUAUAAAUAGCUACUCACUUUGCCACUGUCUGUACUGUGCCCCUGAUCACUUUUAUUAAACAGCAAAAUUUAUAGUGGCAGGAAUAUAACCUUGAGUUUUGUUAAUUAAUAAAUUCCUGAUAACCAAAUUGAUCUUUGAAUCUAACUUGCACCUAAGACGGUCAACUAUGAGUUUCUCUCAUUCGUUGCUUCCAACUUUUAUGACUGGUUGAAAGUUUUCAAAACAAAUGAAAAAAUUCUUUCAAAAUGGGAAUAAAUGACAAAUUGUUUCGUAAACCUGCUCUCUGUAUAUUAGCGCCUUCUCAGUAUAGAAAUUUCAAAACGUUCAAAAUUAUGGAGAAUAUGUAUUGGGGCAGAGCAUGGAAUAGUAAUUACUUUCGCUUUUAUAUGAAUCAUUGCAUAAAAAGCAACUAAUUUAUUUUAGUAGAGUAAUUGUCUUACACAAUUUACAAUAUUGCACGUGACACUAUGGUGCCUGUAGUGACGGUCUCCACAUCACGUUUCUUUACGGAUAGGAUACCAGGGUUUGGCUUAUAUAACGUUUCUGGCAGAAGUGAGUAUUUGACGGUCUAAAUGUGGCGAUAAAGGCCGAAGGUAUUAGACUUUUUUGCGUCCUUCAGCUGCAUCAAUAAAAAAUUUCUUAAAAUAUGUAAAUGUAUCACCACGAUUUCUUUGUACCAGCUUUUGCACAUAAACAUCUUAAAUUGUUCUUACAAGUUUUGUCCACGUUUAACAGGUUUUAAGGGGAUUACGUCGUAAUCCGCUUCAUAAGAGCAGGAUUGCAUAACUUUAUUUCAGAUCCAUGGCAAAGAAAUGAAGAACAUUUUAAAAAGAAAACAAACUUGAACAGUAAUAGCGCUCGUUUAAUUAUUGGUUCCGGAAAAACUAAUCCGCCGAAAACAGUAGUUUAAAUCGUUUUCUGCCUUGACAAUGGAAAAUGAAAUGUACUUUAUUAUAAUCUGAAUGCUCCUACUUACAUGUAUUACAUUUUAAUUUAAAAAGUUUUGUUCCUCUGCUAUAAUAAAAUGAAAUUAUAUAAUUUAAAAACAAAAUUAUUCCCAAUAGCGCAUUAUUUGAAUUUCUGUUAUUUCAGCUUCAUUUGGCUGUGAAAUAUUGCUCUUGAAAUUAGCAAUAAUUUUGUUUGUAAUUAAUGUACCGUUUCUGCUGCCAAGAAACUAUUUCAUAACUUAAAAGAAUGACAUUGUGUUUUACACGUUUAUGACGUGCCAAAGUUCAUAGUUCUCUUGCUCAGCUGCCACUAAAACUUAAACCAGCACGAAAUUUUAAUUUACUCGUUUUAUUGAAUACCUUCCUGUUACCCCCAAGCGUUAGUUCGAAUGUGUUGUGUAUUUUCUACUGAUUAAUCAUAAAAAUUGGUAACAACGUUAGUGGAGGGAUUUUGCCGAGGCCGUGAAUACUUGUUAUUUGUGACUAGAUACAUACCUGUCAUUUGCUAUGAGUACACUAUGAGUUCAAUCCAAAUUGUCAAUAUAAUUGACAGAAUUUUAAUGAUCCUCCUUAAACAUGACGAGCUCUUUCAUGUUUAGAGCAAGUUUGAUGUUCUUCGCUGUUACAAUUCUAAUAAAACGUACCUUCUCUGCACCAUCAGAUGGCAAUCUAACGAUCGGACUGAUCCUGCCGUACAAAGUUGGGUCGCCUGACGUCCCUCCCGGCAACCGUUAUGCGUCCGCCUUGAAAAUAGCGGUGGAUAGAAUCAACAGAGAUCCGACUCUUUUACCCGGAAUAACACUCAGCUUCAUUUGGGACGAUUCCGAGUGUUUGGAGGAAUUGUCAAUCCAAGCUCUUAUUGAACAGUGGGAGAAGAGAGUGGAUGGUUUUAUUGGGUUUGGUUGUGCAUGUUCAACCCAGGCACGCAUGGCUGCUGCGUUGAAUUUGCCAGUCAUUUCUCAUGUAAGUACAAGUACACAGUGCACAGUCAUGUAAAUUUGUCAAUAGAGGUCGAGACACCACAAGAUGUAGUCGGUCUUGAAAUUCGAUCUUAAAAAAACUAAACUUCUCAAAUUUUAACGGUAGAAACGUCAUACAACGCAUUUAUUUUUUUAUGCUGCAGAGUUAUGACUGCCUUGCUUAUUUGCUUAAGCUCGUUUUAUAGGGUAAAAACUUUUAAAAUUCUAAAAUCGACAAUUGCCCUUCCUUCGAUUUCUUUUGAAGCAUUUAUAUGAUCAGGAAAUGAGAAGACUCGACACAAAACGUCAGUCAGCCACUUGACAGGUUUGGUUAAACAUUUGCACCAUGAAAAGAUGAAAAACAAACAGUACAGGAACUGUUAGUAGUAAUAAUACUACUUCAGCUUCCACUUAUUUAAACUGAGCAUUUCGCAAACUAAUAAAUAAAAAAUCCAGUCUGUUACCAUCAGCACUGAAUAAACCUACAAGGGGCCGCUAGUACUAUUUCCGAAAAAAAAAAAGAUUUUUUGUUUCUUGUUUUGAUUCACUUGCACCUGCUACGUCAUACAGCAUCAAUCAAUUUAUUUUCGUGCAAACUUCCACAGUGUUGCAUGAAAUUAACGAUUUGUCAUCCAUGAAAUUUUUUCUUGAAACCACCAACUUACAGUCCGGGGUUUUUGUAUGUUGUUGCUUGGGUCCGAAAUACGUGCACCUUCUGUGGGUAAUUUGCAUUUUGGUCUCGCUAGGGAAACUAAAACAAAAACAAAACAAAACAAAAAUCUCAAUUAAAUUUAGUAUUCGCUAUUUCCUGUUCAACAAUUUUUUAAAAUGCCUAUGGGAUAUUUUGGAAUAUAUUUUCCUCUUGUAAGUCAACGUAUACUAGGUGACAAAUCUAAAAUCAUCGCCGGUCAUUUUUUACAACAAAGAAUAGACGGUUCACAGACUUCUGUUUUCUCGUUUGUACUUUAUUUGAUGAACGCUUGGCGAAGUGGCAUGAAUUGUUAGGUUAAGCACCGGUAGACGGGGAAGGCGGUGGCCACCCCUUUGCGCUGCUUUACUCGGCGCCCUUCGUUCCCCUGCUUUUUGUCGAAAAUAUAUAGAAGCUGUUGUCACCCAUCAAGUUCAUAACCCUGCCCUGUUACUUACAUGUCGUUCUGUUGUUCGAUUCUUAAUUUGUUGUCAUUUUAUCUGCCAUAUACAGAUGUGCACGUCCAACGCUGUUUCCGACAAAGAGCUCUAUCCGACUUUUGCACGAACUAUCUUCGGUGACAACAGCAUCAGCCCUUCUGUACUGGCUAUUUUGAAGUACUUCAACUGGAACCGGGUGGGGAUUAUCAGCGAAGAUGCGGAUACCUGGGAAUCAAGGGGAGACUUUCUGGUGUCUUAUUUGAAGUCUCAAGGGAAGAUUGUGUCUCUGCAGGAGAAAGUUAAGUUUCACUGGUUAUACAAACCAGAGACUGAUGGAGAGCAUUUUCAGCAAGUUUUGAUGAAAAUGAAGACCAAAGCAAGAAGUAUGUUCAUGACAAAAUCUAGGCCAAACGUUGAACUUUUCAUGAGACGAACUAAACUUAGUGAGUUAAUUUCAUUAAAGGGAACCUCCACUCUUACUACAGAAUAAGUUUAAAUCGAAUAAAAUUAUGUUGAUGAACAAAUUUGUUCGAAAUUUGUCUUAAAAAAAGUGUUUAAAUCAGGAAAAGUGAAUUUUAAAAUCGCUUAUUUUCACUUUCAAAUUUCGCGGGCGCGCCAUCUUGAAUCAUUGUGACGUGUUACGGUUGCUCUAUUGUUCUGACACAAAGAGCUUUUGUUUAAUAACAAUAGGGCAACCAUUACACCUCACAAUUAUUCAAGAUGGCGACGCCCGCAAAAUUUGAAAACAAAAAUAGGCGAAUCUAAGAGUUAUUUCUUUCGGAUACAAACGCUUUCUUUAAAAAUAUUUUAGAUUGACUUGACUGUAACAGUUAUUUCCUGUGAUUUAAAGUUAUCUUUUUGUUGAAGUGGAGGUUCCCUUUAAAAAUUCGACGACUGGCUCAGUUAACAUCGUCUGAAAGAGUUUGGAUCGUCAAACACCUUCUAUCCGUCUGCUUCAGAUCGUCUGCGGGGCAACAUAACUGAUAGUUUUAAAAUUAGGUUAAGUAUGAUAAUAUAUAUUUUAUCUCUCUUGGAGAAUACUGCUUUUUGGUCGGAUUCAGUUGAUUGGUUUGACGCGUCCUAAGUUCGUCGUCUGACCCAACAGAAGAUCUUAAAUUGAUUUAGGUCGACCGAAAUUAGAGUUUGGUUCUUCUCAUGAAAAGUUCGAAGUUUGGCCUAGGCGUUAGUGUUAUAUUGCGAACCACUGAUCGCACUAAAAAUCAGUUGAUAAAAUGGUAGUGAUUUAUUUUCUUUGAUCGAUAAAGCCUGUAAAAAGAUGGCAAAUUAACAUUCCCUAUACCUAUCUCUCUUAUGUGCUCCGAUCAACUACAAUCCCGGACAAACUGUACUUGGGGACUCAGCAGCAGUUCCUUUUGAUGUUUUUUAAAAAAGUGGUUUUCCUUUUUGCUGAAUACCCCUCAUUAGGGGGGUCAGGGGGCCGGGAAAGGAACGAAAAAGAGAUAAAACUAGUAUCCUUCCCAACAUUUUUGACAAUGAUAAUUGUAGUCUUAAAAGAGCCAAAAUGGUAUCUUUAUUAACGCUUGACCAGCACCAACGGUAAACUAGCAAAAGUACCAAAAAUAUAUUUUCGUUGCAAAAAUAUAUACAGUCAAGGUAUUCUUGUGACCUUCCAUAAUGGAUGUUCCAGCCUUAAUAGCAGAUUUCCAUUGUCGCGUAAUUUUUACGUGCGGGAAUAAAAUAGAGGCAAAUGUAUGGAAGGUUGUGCGUACGCGUAAAAGUUGAGCUUCCUAAACUUUUACUUUUGCACGCGGCCUUUCAAAUAGUUUUUCUAUUUUCUUUACGCGCCUAAAAUUUACGUGCGUUAACGCAUGCAAAAUUACGCCACAGUGAAAAUCCACUUUAUAGGGACCAUUUCACGCUAUUUGCUAUCUUUUUUAAAAUAGCUAAAACUUUUUUUUGCAUCAGUUGAAUUCCAAAAAUAAUUGUCCAGUUUUGGUAUUUGAGGCUUCUUAACCCAUUCGCCCCUGAACCGCCCGUAACCGCCCGUGCGGAUCCAGGUCCUUUCUACCCUUUGUGACGUCAUUAGUUUUAACGGUCAAGGACAACUUUCUUCGCUAACUUGUGCAGAGUGAAGAGAUCUUUCAAAGCAUACCAGAAUGAGCACAAUUGAGUCAAGGACACCGGAGAAAGAAGCAAAAAACCACGUGACAAGGACCUGAAAAUCUCCAUGAAAAUCUUGUUCCAUUACCCACCUACCUUUCCUUUCACCUAAUCCUAAGAUCCUAAAAGCUUUCCUAAAAACUCUUCCCACCAAAAUGAAGCCUACUAAAUGCCCAGCAAGAGAAAAAAAAAAUGAGGCAAGAAAAGCGAAAAAAGAAGGGAGGAGAGAAAGCGAAAAGUAAAUGUCGAAAUUUUGCUUUCUGCGCAUGCCCGAACUUCGCAAGCUCAUAUUUUGCAUCUGGAUCAGAAGGCCGCCAAGUGUACGACCUGUAAACCGGUUUGUGGUAAGUUUUAGCUCUUUAUAGCACGACAGUGACCAGAAAACCACUCGACUAGCUUCAGAACGCGUUUUUCGGCAAAAUCUCCAGGAGCGAAUGGGUUAAUGUUCAGCAUUAAUACUGUAUCCCAUCGUUUGUGGCAAGGGAUGGUAAGGAUAGACAUGGAUUGAAACCAACUUUUUUCAAGUUUUAAGUCUAUGUUUGCAAAAAUCACCAAAAAAUACUAUUAAAGAAAGUUACCAAAUUGUUUCAAAUUGGCCUUUUUCCACAUAAAAAGUCAAAUUUAACAAAUUUCAUCACGAAACAGGUUUGUAACGUGAAAACAAGGAAUUCCAAUGUUUAAUGUUAAUGGUUAGUUCUUCCUGAUGAAAUUUGUUUGAGUUCUUCUUUAUAACUCCACAAGAGCAUUUUGUGUAUACUUAAGCAUAGACACUGAGGGCCUGUUUACAUGGAGGUGGGGGACCCCAGGUAUGUGAGGUAACCCACCUUGGUGGGUAACCCGCCUGUCCACAGUCUCUCAUUUUGAUUCGAUCACGUUUACAUGAUAGGUGGGGUGACCCGCCGUAUGUUACCUCACCUGUCUGGGGUCACCCACCUCCAUGUAAACAGUCCCUAAGUGAGGCCUUCAGCACGAAAUUGUUCUAAGGCAGCAAUAUCCUCGUGACAUAGUCCAUAUAUUAAGUAAUAGACCACGCUGUCUGCGGGUUUACCGGCGUGAUAACCCACUUGGGAUGUUGGGAGAAAACUUGAAAAGCUUGUAAAUCACAAACCCAAGGCGAGUGAUUUGCAAGCUUUUCGAGUGUUCUCCCAACAUCCCAAGUGGGUUAUCACGCCGGAAACCCAUAGAAAGUGUGGUCUAUUGCAAGAAAAUCAGUAAAAAGUUAAACCGUUCAUAAGUUUUUCCCGCCCCUUUUCUCAUAGUAGUUUCUUUUUUUAUAUUGUAGUUAUCAUUCUUUCCUUGGAGCGCCGUCUCAUACGUGAGGGGAUGUACUAUGCCAGUAAACUGGGCAUGAACAAUGGAGAUUAUGCGUUCAUCGCGUUCCAGUUGGAUCCCCUUUUGGUUCAAAAAUUUUUUCGACGACCUGAACGGUGGUUUAUCGGUGAAUUCAAAGCCACCCGCGAUUUAAACAAAGACGAGGAAAGGGAAUUUUACGACGCUUUUAAAUCUGUGUUGUUAUUGACAGUCAACACGCAGCAGAUUGAUAAGUACUACACGUUUGUGAACGAAGUGAAACACAAGAUGUCGGAUCCCCCUUUCUGUAGCAAAACCUACGUGGGCUCAAGGAAAUUUCAAAAUUUAACAGUCUAUAACUUCAACCGGACGGUGAGUAUAUGACUGUUCAAAGCAUAUAAACGUAUCGAUGCUUUUUACCAACCUCCUACCUGUAGGAGGCAACGUGGUCGAGCGGUUAGAGCGCUGCAAUUGCAGUUCGGAAGCCCCGAGUUCACGUCCCGCCCUCACCGCUUGCUGGAUUUAUUAUUAUUAUUAUUAUUAUUAUUGUUAUUAUUAUUAUUAUUGAUACCGGUAAAAGUAAAUUAUAAAUAUUUUACACCAUAUAAAGUUUCGAGUUUAAACCUUAAAAUAAUUUGAUCAAAAAGGGUUAGCUUUUUCGUCUUUCUUCGGUGCUGCAAAUUUAUACGGCGAAGUCACGGUUCGAUGUUGUCCGUUGUAGUGGGAAGUGAUGCCAUUUGCUUUUAUUGAAAUGAGUGGAUGAAAAUUGAUCGCUCUUUUUUAUAUACAAAUCAUGUCCAGUGACAUACAAAAUCAACUAGUACAGCUGAUUCUUAAGUCGUAGCACAAGCCGAUUAGUAGAAUGGAUUUACAAAGAGAUAGGAAUUGGUCUUUCUUACUGAAAAGAAAAAAACAACUGGCUUAAUAACGAACAGCCUGCAAACCACUAAGCUGAAACUUAUGUCAUGCUAGGCCCGUAUCAAGCGUGGAAUUUCUUAUGAGUGCCGAACACCUAUUUUAGUCGAAGAAUAUAAUUAAAUACGGCAGUUGAUUCAGACGUCGGAUAUAAAGGUCCCGAAUUUAAAUCCGUUUGUUGUAGACGUCGCAUCUCAAAGCAGUUACCUCUCGAAUUAAAUUAGGCACAUGUGAAAUUCGAUGUUUGAAUUGGGGAAUGGUAACAGUGUCUAGUGUUACUAUAAAUACUGGUAGAUACGCUAGAAAGAAAAACAAUAUGGCGGCCAAAUACAUCCUUUUAGCUUUGAAAGUUCUCCUUUAUUAACAAACGUUAAACAUUUAUUUCUUCUUACCUAUGUGGUGCAUAUAGCUAGUAACAUAACGUGGUAAAUUGAAAGCAAAAUUUACAUUUAUUUCCGCAAACAAACAGUUAAGUUGAAAAAGGAUUUUACAAAAGUCUCAAAAGUAGGUCUCCUUUUCGAUUUUAAUUUGCAAUAUCGGUCGAUUUACGCAACUUUUAAACUUCUGGCUCAGUUUUCGUUUGCUUCUGCGUUGAAAAUGGAAUAAUAAUUACUCAGGGGUUAAUACAGUGUAAAGAUUUGUGGUGAAAAACAAUUACAAAAACUUGCAGAUUUAUGGCGAAAAAUGUACUUUAAAAACGAACUAAAAUAUUCAAAACGCUCUGAUCACGUGACUGAUGACGUCACGUCCCUCUUUUGGUAACGAAAAAAAUUGUCAGGUAGACCAUUACUUUCCUGCAAAUUUUCUCUGCCGUGUAAUGAAACGUCAACUCUCUACAGCCCUCGGCCUGCGUUUCCCGACUUUUUCGCUCAUGUUCAUUGCCCCUUAAAUUUUAAAUUCCUGAAGUAAACUGGUUAUUUUUAAAUGCUCCACACAAUCAAAACCUCAAAUAUGCUAUUUUAUUUUAACCGUAUGACGAAAUCUUGUCACAGCAACAAAAAACCCUAAUUCAGCAAUGGUCACGUGACUGAUGACUUCAUCACCCUAGAUGUGACAUGAGAAGAUAUUUUAUGGCAAUUCACAGGUAGCCCAAGCUCGAAAUAUGAGCAUCGGCGAGCAUCGGCAUUGUUGCGUAACAUUCAAAAUAUAAGGAUUUGUAUGGGAAAAAAACCUACCGUUUCUGUAACCUACGAAAAUGAAAGGAUUUUAAUAAAAAACAGCUUACCUUACUUAAAAUGUGUGUUACGUCUCUCCUUUGUGGUCCACGGGCCGAUUUAUGGCCGUUUUAUGGGUUUUUAUGUAAACGGUUUUCUCUCUAUAUAGUAAGGUAAGCUGUUUUUUAUUGAAAUCCUUUCAUUUUCGUAGGUUACAGAAACGGUAGGUUUCUUUCCCAUACAGCUGUUUUUUAUUGAAAUCCUUUCAUUUUCGUAGGUUACAGAAACGGUAGGUUUCUUUCCCAUACAAAUCCUUAUAUUUUGAAUGUUACGAAACAAUGCCGAUGCUCGCCGAUGCUCAUAUUUCGAGCUUGGGCUACCUGUGGACAAAUGUUAUCUUUCUGUGGUCUGAAAUUCUUCUACGUAUAAACUUGUCAAAGUUAUAAAGCUUUCAAAAAAAAUUGCCUCAAAGGAUUCUGGGAUAAUUUUUAUGAUAAUUAUAAUUUACUUUUAUAAUUAUUAUUAUUAAAGAAAACUUGGUUGAGGUUUUGCAACUUCUGAAUUGUUCGUUCAAAACGAUCUCCUAAUUAUCGUGUUACAUAGUUCAUUACGAUUUAACUAUCUUGUACGAAGUUAUCCAAAAGAAUUUGCUUAGCAUUAGUAGUUCUAGCAUUUUCAGCCUCUUGAGUGAAACUUUUAUCAUUAACGGCGCAGACCUGAAUUCAAGGAAUCAAUCAGAAUUUAAUGCAGAUGCCUGCGGCCGGCAAAUAGCGCGAAAUUUGGUUUUAACCUGUGAUUAGUUCGUCCAAAAUUUAGUGAAAGCUUACAAACAAGUAUUGGAUGAGGUUUUUGUGAUAUCCGGAAUAAUCAAGGUCUAGGUAAGUGUUAUCAGCCGAGCCCUUGGCCCAGUUGUUCGAAGGCCGAUUAGCGCUUAACCAAGGGUUAAAUUUAACCCUGGUUAUUUUUUUCUUGUGCUCAAAAGCAUUUCCUCGGAUAAUUUUCUCUGUUAAUUUUAAAGCUUCCAAUCAUCAACUAGUAGACAAAAAGAAUUAAAACUGAAAUGCUUCUUAAGCUUUCAAAUAUGAAUUCAAAUUUCGCACUAACCCUGGGUCAUCUUAACCCAGCUUUGAACAACUCGGCCCCCAAGUUUACCGAAUCCCUCAAAAGUAUCCAUGAGUAACAUUAUAUUUAGGUCUCUUAAUGAAACAAAGUUCUUCCCUAGGCCCCGAUCGUAACAGGCUACCUGUAUGAUGCAACAUACCUGUACGCCAUUGGAGUCAACCGUACACUCGCCCAAGGAGGGAACGCUACAAAUGGUCGAGCGGUUAUGAAGAAUUUAUUUGGACGCCAGUUUUCCAGUACGUGAAAACUUUGAUUAGAUUGGUUAGAGUUUAAUUUUAACUAGUUGCUUAUUCUUGUCACGUUCUUUCAUCAGAUCAAGUUUCUCCCUUAUUCAGAGAUGUCGGUCUCUCUCCCUCUUUUUUUCAGGUAUUCUUGGGUAUGACGUAUUUUUGGACGAGCAAGGAGAUGUCCAGCAAAACCUUACUGUGAUGACACUCAGUGAUGACAUCGGUAAGACAAAAGGGAGUAAUUCAAAUGAUGGCAUAUUUGUCCAACUUGAGUCUAGGAUUUCGUUUCCUUGGCUUCUCAAAUAGUUUGUUGUUAUUGUGAAUAUUAUCAAAUAGUUACGCUGCAAAUAGAAGAGCGGCCUCUUGAACAGGCGCUAUAGAUGACCGCGAGCACGCUCAAUCUGAAUGACUGGUCUUUGUAUCAUCACGUGAUGAUUUUUUAACAUUCAGGUUGUUAAAAUGAUGUGCACGCACGAGAAAGAGUAAAAAAGCAGCAGCAAAAUUGGCUUAGUAGUAUGGUUUUUCUUGGGCCCGUUAAACUGACGACAGAGCAUGACUAGUACGACCUCAAUGCGGAAAUAUUGCAGUCUAAAACUCACGUUUCAAGGUGGCUCGAUACAGUUUUUCUGGGUCAAUACCUCCCAAGUUUGAGCAUAAACUACGUCGCCAUAAGCAAAGAUUUGGAAAAAUUGCCACCACAGUUAUAUUAGACAAAGAUGAAAGUUUGUUAUGAUUAGGGUUGCAAUGACAUCGGAGUUGUCAUAGCAAAGAAAUGACGCUAUUACUUAUUUUACCUGCAGCUGUAUUUUUCGGCACUGGAAACUGUUCUUUCAAAAUCGUUCAUGGGAGCUUUUUUCUCCAACAGCGGCCUAGGCCUCGGUGUUUGUGAAGUUUAAGCGAAAUCGGUAAGAGCGUUAUCGAGAUAUUUUGGGAAGAUAUUUUAGAAACGCAAUAAAAAUGGACAAUCUUGAUGUUUGGCCGUUAUCUGUAGAAAACGAAGCGCUUUUGACCUCACCUCAGAGUAGUUUCAAUCUUUUUAAGAGCGUGUGUGAAAGAUCAUGGAGAUAGCUCAAGUCGAUUGCUAGAGAGAGGGGUUUGAUUAGUAUGUAUCGAGACCCUUCUGUCACGGUUUUAUAAACAUUUUGGUCUUCUUUAACAAAUUAGCGAAUAAUUUUUAAACCGCUCGAUAGAUUUUUUAAAAUAUAUAAGAUUGUUGAGAUUAACUUUCCUUUUAUAUGACCUUUUAUUUUCAAGAUUAUUGAUAUAUUGUAAGGCAGUAAAAUAAGGGCUACAAUUCGUUUUUUUUUUAUCGGAAGUUUCGUCAUUACAAGUGAAAGUCUCUCAUUAUUUAAGGUAUUGUCUCCAAGUUUCAUUUUCACGUGAACAGCAGUAACUAACAAUGCAUUUGAAAUAUACAAAAAUGCUAGCUUUUGUUGUGCACGAAAAUAUAAAACUUGGAGACAAUACCCUUAAUAAUGAGAGGCUCUCACUUGUAAACACGAAAUUUCUAACAAAAAUUUUAGCCAAUUGUAACCCUUAUUUUACUGCCUUACUAUAUAUCAAUAAUCUUGAAACUAAAAGGUCAAAUAAAAAGAAGGUUAAUCUCAAGAAUUCUUAAUUUUUUCAAAAAAUUCUAUCGAGCGAUUUAAAAAUUAUUCGCUAAUUUGUUUAAGUAGACCAAAAUGUUUACAAACCUCAAACAAGAGCGCCUCGAUACAUACCAGUCAAAUCCUUUUUUCUAACAAUCGGCUGGAGCUAUCUCCA